AUGCGGGGUUGUUUCAAAAGCACCGCCGCUCAUCAGGGUCUCGCUUUCCUCUUGGUACCACUACACAACUACCUCAAGAACAUAGACACGGUCCCGAGGAGCAAGGACAUGCUAGCGGAGGAGGCGGUAACAGCGACGACGUCGGCGGCAGGACCGUCGGCGAUGGUCGACUUCAUUGCAGGUACCGCAGGCGGUAUCGCUUCCUUACUGGCAGGACAUCCAUUCGACACGGUCAAGACUCGACUCCAAGCGCAAGGUUCUACCGCCUCGUCCUCCGCUCUGUCUUCUCACGAUCCCUCAAUAGACACUGCUCGUGUCUCGACAAGCUCAUCGAAGCUCACAUCUUCACCAUCGGCAAGGGUUGACUACUCCUCCACCGCCCUCUCACGGCAAGCUGCUACAUCUUCGCAUUCUGCAACGCUCACACUGCCCCAUGCAUCAAUACCCAGCGGCGGCGGGAGCGCAUCGAUACGCGUGUCACUGCCAGUCUACCGAUCGGCCACGGACGCCUUUCGCAUCAUCAUCAAAGAAGAACGUCUAUGGGGCCUCUACAAAGGUGUCACAUCGCCGAUGCUAGGCGUGGCCAUCAUGAACGCGUCCAUCUUUGGUCUCUACAACCUCGGCCUCCGGUAUCAGCAAUCUCACGACCUUCUCUCAGACCACCAUAUCGCGCAAGUCUUCGUAGCAGGUAUGAUCAGUGGUCUCGGUUCGUCCCUCAUCACAUCCCCGAUCGACCUGAUCAAGAUCCGGGAGCAGAUGAAUACCUCCUCGAAAAAGCCAAGCACCUUCCAAGUCUUUCAGCAGGUAGUACGAACAGAAGGCAUCACGCGAGGCCUGUACAGAGGAUGGUGCACUACUGCCGUGCGCGAUCUCGGCUACGGACCCUACUUUGCGAGCUACGAACUGCUCAAUGCGUCCAUCAAGGCGUGGACGGGGCGACCGCUGAGCAAUUUGGACAUGGCAGCGAGCGGCGCAGUCGCCGGCGUCGUCGCUUGGCUCAGCACCUUCUGGGCCGAUGUGAUCAAGACCAAGAUCCAAGCAAGCACGCGGUUGGAUGAUGGAGGGAGACGCAGCUUGUUCUGGUUGACAGCGAGGGAGACGUAUCGAGCGGGUGGGGUGCGGGCGUUCUUUGUAGGGGUGGGACCGACAGUGCUGAGAGCGCUGCCGGUCAACGCGGUACUCUUCGUGACGUACGAGGUGACCAAGGGCUUUCUCAUCUCACGAGGAUACUAG